AUGGACUUGAACGGGUCCUCGGCUUCGGUCCUGGCUGUGGACGCGGCUGACUUUCUCCAUCCGCAGUUCUCCGCCAAGCAAUGGGUCAACGACGUUCUCCGGCGCGCACACCCAGCAUCAUCAUCAUCAUCAGCAUCAUCAGCGACGACGACGCAAUCGCAGACAGGCCAACGCAGCAGCAGCAGCAGCAGCAGCAGCAGCAGCGUAACGGACGAUGGCAAUGAGAUCAGCCAGACGGCGUCGGCGCUCGUCGUCAAGCUGCAGCUGCUGAUGCAGGACGUGAGCGCGUCGCUCGAGGACGCCGGCCAGCGCGUCAUUCAAGCAAUGCCAAGGACACUGCGCGAUAUUGACACCAUCCGGGUGGAGGCGAUUGCGCUGAGGGAGCGGAUGGGCACGGUCGCAAGCGAUCUGCAGGCCGUCGAGUCUGGCACCUACGCCUCCAUGAAGGUGCUCCUGGAGGUCGAUGCUGUGCGGGAUCGCAUGGAGGCUGCGACAGUCAGCUUGAGGCAGGCGGGCACCUGGGCAACGCUCGCCGCCGAGGUCGACACAAUGCUCACUUCUGGCGACGUUGCGGCCGUCCGGCAGCACCUGCACGAGAUGCGGCUGUGUCUGUCGUCCAUGGGUGCUGACAAGUCGUGGCAGACGGCGAGUGGAGCAACCGCCGGCUCCUCGGCGGCGACCCCGUCCAAGCCCGCGGCGGCAGCAGCAGAAAAGCAGGAUGCCGCGCAAAAGGCAGAACUUGACGGCAAGCGUGCGCUCAUGCGCUCCUGCGAAGAUCGGUUUGAAGCCCGAAUUGCGCCGCGUCUAUUCCAAGCCCUCAACUCACACGACGAGGCUGAAACCAAGCUGUACCUCGACUGCUUUGAGCAGAUGGGCCGCGUCGCGCAAUUCGAGUCGUACUAUGCGCGCUGCCACGCCGCAUCCGUGCAUCGCUUUUGGAAACCGGCAGCAACGGCACCAGGCCAGGGCGGUGCACAGGCAGGCGCUGCGACUCCCAUGACCGAGUGGUACCCGCUGUUCCUGGACGAGCUGUACUCGGUCAUCAAAACCGAGCUGGGCUGGUGCGUUCAGGUCUUCCCGUUGGAUCGCGCCAUUGCCUUUGUCACGGCACUUGUGGUUGCCUCGCUCUCGGGCUUGACCUACCCGUCACUGACGGCAGCGCUUCCCCAAGCCCAGCAGCUUGCAUCGGGCUCUGCCCUGCCCGCCCAGUCACCCGUCAUUGAUUUGCUCAUCCUGUUGCGAGCUGCGCACACCACCGCCACCGAUCUUGCUGCAGCCUUCAAUAGCGCCAUCUCGACUGGACUGCAUACGCUUCACAGCAACCCCGACCAGCUGGUUUCGCAUCGCUUGGCGGGAAGCGCGUCCUUGUCAACUCCUGUUUUGUCGCCAUCGAUCUCCUCUACCGUGGACGCAGACAAUUCAACGUCUAUUAUCGGAGGAGACAACGCAGCUGCUCGAUGCGCACCUGCGCGUCUUUUGCGUCCCGAAAAACAGCGCGAAAUUUCUCGAUUACUGCUGACCCCUUUCGACAAGCUCCGGGACGAAGCGAUUGCCCUGGAGCGACAGUAUCUGCUUGCAUGUCUCAAUUCCAUUGUCAAGUUUGACCCGCCAACACUGGCAACGUGCCACGACCACAUUCGUCACCUUGGCGAUGCCAUUCCACGCGUGUUUGUGCUUGCAGAGCAGGCGGUGACUCGCUGCGUCGAGCUCACCUCUGGCAGCGGCGUUCCAGAGCUGGGUCGCGCCAUCACGACCCUGGUUGGGGCCUUGGUCUCAAAAAUCACCACCGCCGUGUCACAGUACCGUGCACUUGGCCGAUUGGACACACCACAGCAGCAGGCGUCGCAUGCCGCCAAUGGUCCCGGCUCGACCGCCCAGUCGCGGAGCGCGUCACCUGCGGCUCUAACGCCGAGCGCUGCCGCGAGUCUUGACAAGGACGACGAGUGGGGCAUGUUCCAAGCAGCCAUCAAGGUCUUGCAAGUGUGCGGCGAUAUCAUUGAGCGCCUCAAUGGCCUCGAUGAUGGCCUGGUCUUUGCCGCGCUUGAUCACAUUCCUGCGUUGCUCGAGGCUGCAGCCGCCAUGCGCGGUGGUAGCAAGGACGGGCAAUCCGCCAGCAGCAGCAGCAGUGUGACUGCAGCAGGAGCUGGAGCAUCCAGCGUAGCGACUCCGCCAGUCAAUCGGGGUGUUUCGCAGCAAAUGGUCCCUUCCACCCCCGAUGAUGUGGAUAGCGGAGUGUCCUUUACCCUUCAUUGCCACUUGUCUGAACCACAGCAGCGGGAGCUGUCGUCGUGGAUGGCCACGCUCGUCCAAAAUGUUCGCAACCAAAAGGAACGGUCGACGCAGGCUGAAAACAGCAAUUCGAGCGUUGCUGCACUGCUUGUCCAUCCGCAGGUGAUUGGCGACGCGCUUGCUGAGGCUCUUUCACUGACCAACCGAACGCACGCCCUUGCAGUGGAUUGCAUCUUUGCCUUUAUCGAUCGCCGCUUGGUCAAUCUGCGAAAUGUUCGCUUCUCCUCGACCGCCCCGUCUGGCGUGCUCGUCACUGACGCCGCGCCGUCCUUUUCGCUGUCGCCUCUUGAUUACAUUACGCAGAUCGGUGAGCAUUUUCUCGCCUUGCCCGUCCAGCUCGAACCGCUCGUCAAUCCCGACAACAAGCCGCUGCUUGUGGCGCUUGCCCACGGCGCACUGCCCGACGCAUAUUCCAAGUCGCUGUUGCAGCAUAGGCAGCUCCAUCCGUCGCCCUCUGGCGAGGACGCGCCAGCGCUUCCGUUCGCAGAACAAUGGCUGACGGCUGUCGCUUUGGUUGCCAUGGAUGCCCUGGCCAGGCGCUAUUCGGAGCUUCCACGUCUCUCCCCCAAUGAUGUUCGGCAAAUUGCGACCGAUAUUGAUUAUUUAAGCAACGUGCUCUCCGCUUUGGAUGUUACACUCACUCCAACCUUGGCGUACGUCCGCCAACUGUUUGGCGCUCCAGCAGAAAAAUUCAAAUCUCUACAAGCCGAAAAGCCUGUGGGCUGUGAUCCGUCCAUCCACACAAAGAUCGCUAGCAUUCGAGGGAUUGUGCUUUAAUCGUCGCAA